CUUCGGUGUCAAAACUCAAAGCUCACUCUAUUUUCUUCUCUCUCUAAGCUCACCUCAGUCAGUUGCUUUCAAAUUAGAGUACAAACAGAGUAAUGCCUUCCUAUUCACUCUCUUUCCUUCUACAACUUUCUCUCUCUUCUCAUUUCACCUUCUGAAUUUUUCUUGAAUCACCACCAAUGGAAGAAAUUUCUCUCUAAUCAAUACCAAAAACCCUUUCUCUUUCUAUCUCUAGAAAACCCAUUUAAAAAUUAGGAAAAAAAACUCCCCUAUUUCACACAACAAACAAUAAUGGCGACAGGAAACAAUGAGAAAGAGAAAAAUCCAUUAAACCCCAUCACAGAAAAACUAAAUUCAACCUCAAUUUUAGGGAUUAAAAUCUAUAUUUUGAUAUUAAUAUUCAUUAUUCUUUUAGUUUGUUCUUGUUUUCUCCUAUUCCUCUGUUUUAUUAAGAGAAAAAAGAAAUUGGGUAACAGUAAUCGUGCAUUUUUACGGAAUAAUUCUGGAAUUAUCCCGUUAGUUUCAAAGGAAUAUAAAUCAAUGGAUGAAAAAAUCGUGGUAAAAAAGAAAAUGGGGGAGAUUUUAAAAGGAGAUAAAACAGAAGAAAUAGGGAUUUUAGUUGAAGGAGAUAGAAAUGUGAAAAGUGGUUCAGCUGAAAGUAGUGACGGAAGUUCUUCAAGUAAAACGUCGGUAAUUUCAUCAGAUAAUAUUUCUAAUAUUGGGUGGGGCCGUUGGUAUAGUUUGAAAGAGCUUGAGAUUGCUACACGUGGCUUUUCCGAUGAACAAAUCAUCGGUGAAGGUGGUUAUGGAAUUGUUUAUAAGGGUGUUCUUGAAGAUGGGUCUAUUGUUGCUGUUAAGAAUCUUCUAAAUAACAAGGGACAAGCUGAGAAGGAAUUCAAGGUAGAAGUAGAAGCAAUAGGAAAAGUAAGGCAUAAGAAUCUGGUUGGUCUUGUUGGUUACUGCGCAGACGGCCCUCAAAGGAUGCUUGUGUAUGAAUACGUCGAUAAUGGCAAUCUAGAACAAUGGUUGCACGGAGACGUAGACGGUGUUAGCCCUCUGAGUUGGGACAUCCGUAUGAAGAUUGCCAUCGGAACUGCUAAAGGACUGGCUUAUUUGCACGAGGGAUUGGAGCCGAAGGUUGUUCAUCGAGAUGUGAAGUCUAGUAACAUCCUUCUCGACAAAAACUGGAAUGCCAAGGUUUCUGACUUCGGACUAGCAAAGCUUUUGGGAUCCGAGGCAAACUAUGUGACUACCAGAGUGAUGGGAACAUUUGGUUAUGUCUCACCAGAAUAUGCUAGCACUGGAAUGCUGAGUGAAGGGAGCGAUGUAUACAGUUUCGGUGUUCUGUUAAUGGAAUUAAUCACAGGAAGAUGUCCAGUUGAUUAUUCUAAACCACCUGGAGAGAUGAACUUGGUUGAUUGGUUCAAAGGAAUGGUAGCAAAUCGACGAGCAGAAGAAAUGUUAGAUCCAUUAAUUGAUGUUAAACCGUCUUCCAGGGCACUUAAACGGGUUCUAUUGAUCUGCCUUCGGUGUAUAGAUUUGGAUGCCAAUCAUAGACCAAAGAUGGGCCAGAUUGUGCAUAUGCUUGAGGCGGAUGAAUUUCCCUUUCGUCCUGAUCGACCACCACGUCAAGACAUUCCUCUACCUUAUGUUACCGAGAAAGUUCAAUCAUCGAAUAAAGAAUUUGGAAGGUGAAGUUGAUCAAUUGCAUAGACUAUGAGUGAUAGAGUAUAUAAUAUAUUUUCUAAGCUUCAACCAUCGGCUUAUAUACUCUAUCAGUUACAAUUAAAAAAAAGUGUAUAUUUAGCCUAUACUUCCACAUACGAGAUUACAGGUGACAGAUCGUGUUCUCUUGUUGCAAAGCCUCAUAUGGCAUUAUUGUUGGUUUUAGUCCUUUUUUCCAUUUCUUAAAUGAGCUUUGUAUAUUAUACUUCUAUUUAGUAUUUAGUAGUUGGUACUUAUGGCUUCUAGGAAUGAUAUUAUGUAGUAAGAAGCAAUAAGUUAUGUGUCUUAUUGUAAAAAAUUAUUUUAGUUUUAAGAAAGUUGGUGGCUUAAACAUGAUUUAUGGAGUAAUUAGCUUAAUUGUGAUGUUAAAUUGUUUUGUGCACAAAUUAAAAAUGUUUGUACAAAUU